AUGUCGAUGCCAGCUUCUCGAACAGAUCCUCUGGCCCUCAAUUUCCAGCAGCUCACUGGCCAGCAGCAGCGCUCCACCUCUCCCGCAACCUCCAUCCCGUCGCCCAUUGACGCCGUGUCGGCUUCGGCCUCUGCCCGGCCCUCGUUUGGAUUGCCUCCUCCCGGUCUGGGCGGUCCUGGAAAGAUGGCUAGCUCACGAACAGGCUCUGUUUCACCGUCACACGACCUGGGAUCUUCUGCGAGACUGUUCCCCAAGAGGGCACGAGAAAUUCAGGCUCAGGAAGGCGUUGCCGGAAUUCCCGUGAACCUUUGGGCCGGUCCCCCGACAAGUGGCAACUCCACGCCUCUAAGGGAGAACAUCCCAGAAUCUCCUACCGAUGGCUUUCCCGACUUCACACAGCUACCGGCCGCCGAGGGUCUUCCGAUUCCCUCCGGUCGCCGUGCCCGUGCUGGAACGGUGCCUUCCAGAUUUUCUCCCGGUGGCGUCAACAACAACCUAUUGAACAUCGCCGCAAUGGGGGGAGCCGUCAAGACCUCACGUCCUACGCCUUCCCAGACCCCGUUCAAGUCCCCAUCGCCUGGACUUGAUGGAACAGACACGUCGUCAGCAGGCCCUCCUCCGUCGUCGUCGACCCUGCUAUCGCGUCUCCGUGCUGGCUCCAUGCCACAACGGGUCCCUUUUGGCCAGUUGCCCACAACCGUCUCGCCAUUUGGCCCUUCCAUAUUCAGCAGCUGGAACCCGACCACCCGUGAGCGUGGAUCCACGCUGGCGAGCAUUGCCAGUCUCGGGUCCAACGGUCCCAGCUCGCCCACACAGUCUGCUUUCUCCAAAGAAGGCCAGGGCGACAGCGACGUGCACAUGCGCACCCUUGACUAUCUAGGCCUGGCCGAGACACCCAACCCGCCCCGGGCGACUCUUGCAACGCCGUACAUCCCUAACAUGGCUGAUUUCACCCGGUCCGCGAGCCGUUUCCGAUCGUAUUCGGUCAACAAUAAGGACAAGUAUGCCGACGAAGACGAGGAGGACGACUUUGGCACCGACUAUGCCAGUUACGAAAGCCAGUACGCCGCUGCCCUGCAGGACCAGAUUGCUGCCACCAAUGCUGCCAUCCACAACCACAACCUCGCUGUCCAGGCGUUUGCCAGUCAUGCUGCAAGCCGGCCCCGUGCCAGAACUGCUGGUGUACUGGAUGCCCCGGGCUCACGCAUGCUACGUGGCUACUUCCCAACGUCAUCCCGUCUGGAUAGCGGCCUUACGGCCGCAGACAUUCAGCUGUCUGAAGAAAAAGACUAUGAUGACCAGCUCCCCCAGGCCGUGGCUGGCCUGUCACUGGGCCACUCCAGCGGCCACAAUAACAACGGCAGCGGUGUAGGCAAUGUCAACGGUGCUAACGGGCUGUUGUCUGCCGACGAACCGGGCAUCGAAGGCCCCACGAGUGCUCUCUGGCUGGGCAGCAUCCCCACGUCUACGACCACAUCGACGCUGACGGAGAUGUUCAAGUCAUACGGUCCCAUUCUGUCUGCCCGCGUGCUUACCCUCAAGAACUGCGGGUUUGUCAACUUUGAGCGUGUGGACAGUGCCAUUAACGCCAAGGCGAGCCUGAACGGCAAAGAAAUCUUUCCAGGCGCCGGUCCUGUGCGCAUUAACUUUGCCAAGCCGCCUUCGUCUUCCAACACUCCCGGUCACGAUGGCACCUUCCCAUCUCCCAGCCCGGACCCGUUCGGUGGCGACGGUAAAGUAUCGUCGACGUUGACCUCUACCUCGGCCGGCGCCGCUGCAGGCGCCUCCGUUUCGGGAGCUUCUGGGACUGCCGGCGGUGUGUCAGGCGAAGGUGACAGGGCGACGGCUGGGACCGCAUCAGGGGCUGCGCUGCCUCUGCUGACAGCUCCCGCUCCCCUCAGCGAGAUUACAGGCGACAUCAUGCGAAUUGUGUCUCAAUUUGGGGCGUCUAGUGAGGACUCGUACCGGAUCUCGUCCAAUCUGCAACAGUCGGUUCAAUUCACGACAUUUGUAGACGAGAUUCCGCCCAUCCCAGAGCCUUCCAACACGCGCGUCUACGAUGCGCCCAAGCUGCGAGACAUCCGGAAGCGCAUCGAUAACCAGAGCCUGUCUACGGCUGAGAUCGAGCAGAUUGCGGUUGAGAUGCUUCCGGAGAUUGCCGAGCUUGCAUCAGACUACUUGGGCAACACGGUGGUGCAGAAGCUGUUUGAACACUGUUCUGACGACCUGCGGGAUGCCAUGCUGGCGGAGAUCGCGCCUCAUCUGGCAGAGAUUGGCGUGCACAAGAACGGCACAUGGGCAGCGCAGAAGAUCAUCGAUGUCUGCAAGUCUCCCCAGCAGAUGUCGGUCAUCGUGGAGCACAUUCACCCGUACACGGUGCCGCUGUUCCUUGACCAGUACGGCAACUACGUCCUGCAGGGCUGCCUGAAGUUUGGAGCUCCGUACAACGACUACAUCUUUGAGACGAUGCUGAGUCGAUUGUGGGAGAUUGCGCAGGGCCGCUUUGGAGCACGCGCCAUGCGUGCGUGUCUGGAGAGCCACCACUCGACCAAGGACCAGCAGCGGAUGCUGGCGGCGGCGAUUGCUCUGAACAGCGUGCAGCUGGCCACCAACGCCAACGGCGCGCUGCUGCUGACCUGGUUUCUGGACACGUGCACGUUCCCGCAGCGCCGCACGGUACUAGCACCGCAGCUGGUGCCGUACCUGGUGCACCUGUGCACGCACAAGGUGGCGUAUCUGACGGUGCUGAAGGUGGUCAACCAGAAGACCGAGCCCGAGGCUCGGGACACGAUCCUGAAGGCACUGUUUGCCACGGCCAACGACCAAGUGCUCGAGCAGAUCCUGAGCGACAAUGCCUGCGGGGCCACGCUGAUCUACAAGAUCAUCACGACGCCAUUCUUCGAGGAGAGCGUGCGGAACCAGGUGGUGGACAGCGUGAAGGCGGUGCUGGUGCGGAUCAAGGCACAGCCGUCGCAGGGCUACAAGCGGCUGAUGGACGAGGUAGGCCUGUCGACGAGAGGCAGCGGUGGUGGUGGCGGUGGAGGUGGCAGCGGAAGCGGCGGCAAUGGUGGAGGAUCUCGUGACCACAGCUCGAGCAACGAAAAACGUCCAUCGUCACGCCAGGCCAACAACCACCACAACCAGGGCCACCCGCACCACAAUGCUGCUCCUCACCAACAGCAGCAGUCGCACCAAAACCACUCUCAUCACUCACAGCAACAACAGCCACAACAACAACAGCAGCAGCAGCAGCAGCAGCAGGUGACGCCUCCUCACGGCAGCCAGUCCACGUUCAACGGUAACAGUGGCCCCUAUUACAGCUCAUCGCCAAACCCGGCCAGCUACGAGCCCGGCUUCGGCCGUGGAGACAACGGUGCCGGGGUGGAAGCAGGCCUGCCACCGCCGCCCUUUGGUCCGUAUAGCGGUCAGGGUCCAGUGUACGGCCAUCCGAACCAGCCAGUGCCUCCAUUGGGCGUCCAGCCGCUUCCGUACCAGCAGGGCCUCAUGAGCCGUGGGGCACCGCCCAUGGGCGGCUACUAUCCGCCUCCGCCGUCGAUGCAGACCGGCUAUGGGACGUAUGCCGGUGGUGGAGGUCCGCCUCCUUCGCUCGAUGCCUACCGCAAUGCUGGCAUGCCGAAUGGCGCGGGUGGGCCGAUGCCACCAAGUGUACUGGGUAGCCAGCAGGCCCCGUACAUUUCUGGCGGCUACGGAAUGGGGCCGGCGUAUGGUUAUGCAGGGGGAAUGCCUGCACCGGGUCCUUUCAUGCCGGAGCAGAUGGGAGCAGGCGGAGCUGGUGGGAGACGUGGCCGAACAGGGCGGAAUCCUCACCGUGAUGCCAGCCCAAGGCAAUACUGA